AAGUCAACAAGUGAUCGGUUCCUCAUGCUGGGUGGGCAGGAUGUUGUCAAUCAGACGGUUGUGUCUGCUGUGAUGGACGAUCAUUUGAUUGAUGGUGCGUGUAAAAGUUACUAUUCGUCAUAUCUAGCAUAGACUGCUUGAUGUAUUUAUAUCAUAUUAUACUCAUCAUUUAAGACCCCUCGGCGGGUGCUAGUCAAGGCAACUUGGCACGAGUGACGGGUUGCCAGAUGAAAGCAGUCAAGACAUCAUCUGUCGAGAUAAAUCCGGAUGUGAUAGGCUGUCUGCGAUUGAUUGAGUGCGGAGAAUGCAGUAGGAUUGAAGGAGAAGCAGACCAAGUUACACUUUGGAGUGAGAGGAAGAAUGUGAGGGGAAAUAGAGGCAUAUCGGGGUGUAGUGUUUGGGGAGUGGAAGUUGGCGAAAGAGGUAUGAAGACCCAAUUAGCGGAGUUGGAGGAAAUAUAUACAGCAUCACGAAUCAGCAAGAAGCAUGAUGCAACUGCAUCCACACCCUAUACCAGCAGAACAUUACCUGCUGGUAUUCAAAAUCGAUGUCUAAUGCUGCCUAUUGGAAAUGAGGAGAAAUGCAGAUCAACAGCCCACUCACAUCAAUCGGUUCGGAUGAUCAUCUGUCAUGCCUGUCGGGAUCAAUCCCUGAUCGGGCAACCACGCAAAUGGCCCAACUUGACCCUGGAACCAGCGAAGAGAAGUCUUUGGUUGCGAGAGAGUGAUUUUUGAAGGUAUUCACAUGAGAAGGGGGUUCGCGGUGGGAGACGCUAGGCCAAAACAGGACAGUCAGGUGAAGGCCGACAUCAACACCACAACAGAGCCUUCAAGUUCAAGACACACUGAGAA